AUGGGAUUUGAAGACACUAAUAUGAACUGGGAGAAGGCUGCGAAAGGGAGAGUGAAUCAAUUUCAUGAGUUGGAGGAAUUUCGGUUGAGAGCAUAUGAAAGUUCAUCCCUGUAUAAGGAAAAGAUGAAGAGGUGCCAUGACACCAAAAUCCUUCAGCGUGAAUUCCAAGUCGGUGAUUUUGUGUUUCUCUACAAUUCUCGAUUGAGACUUUUUGCCGGUAAGCUUAAGUCAAAGUGUCCUGGUCCAUACAAGGUAACCCGAGUGUUCACAAAUGGGGCAAUUGAAAUUAAAGGUAAAGAGGGUCCAACUUUCAAGGUGAAUGGGCAGCGUCUGAAACUCUAUUUUGGAGAAUGUCAUGAGAUUUCGAUAAUUGAAGUGGUGUAUUUGGAAGAUGCUUGA